AUGGCGAAAAAUAACUGUCUCGGCGUGGACGUCGCCGUCGGCGUGGACGUGGACGAUAUAAAUAUAGAUUUUCUUACACACAUUCCUAAAUCAACACACACACUCUUCGCCGCCCCUACUCACUCCUACCUUCAACACAUCCCUAAACCACCACACACACCCUUCGCCACCCCUACUCACUCCUAUCUACAACACAUCCCUAAACCACCACACACACCCUUCGCCGCCCCUACUCACUCCUACCUUCAACACAUCCCUAAACCACCACACACACCCUUCGCCACCCCUACUCACUCCUACCUUCAACACAUCCCUAAACCACCACACACACCUUUCGCCACCCCUACUCACUCCUAUCUACAACACAUCCCUAAACCACCACACACACUCUUCGCCACCCCUACUCACUCCUACCUACAACACAUCCCUAAACCACCACACACACCCUUCAAAACCCCUACUCACUCCUACCUACAACACAUCCCUAAACCACCACACACACCCUUCGCCACCCCUACUCACUCCUACCUACAACACAUCCCUAAACCACCACACACACCCUUCGCGCCCCUACUCACUCCUACCUUCAACACAUCCCUAAACCACCACACACACCCUUCGACACCCCUACUCACUCCUACCUACAGCACAUUCCUAAAUCAACACACACACUCUUCGCCGCCUCUACUCACUCCUACCUUCAACACAUCCCUAAACAACCACACACACCCUUCGCCACCCCUACUCACUCCUAUCUACAACACAUCCCUUAACCACCACACACACCCUUCGCCGCCCUACUCACUCCUACCUUCAACACAUCCCUAA